UGAUGAAAAUAAUUAAAUUCAAAUGACGUUUGUCAAGAUGAAAAAUGAACAACAACAAAAAAAACAGCGUUUGUCAGCUGUAUGUUGAUGCAAACAAAAAAAAAAAUUAGCUGUUUGGGUGGAAAUUGUUGCAUGUAAUGUACUCUAUGAACAAGAUCAAAGUUGUUGUUGUUGUUGUUAUUUUUGUGGUAGACCGACUCAUGUCAUGUGUAAACAGUGCACUGUUGUGUGUGUGUGUGUUGUCUCGUCUGUGAUCUUUCUAUCCUGUUUGCCACUGCUUUUCGAAUAUAUUUUUUUUUAAUUUUAUUCUCCUCACCCCCACACUAAUGUUUGUCGCUAUAACUCUCUCUCUCUCUACUAUAUUCUAUUCUUUUUUCGUCUAAUAAUAUUGAAUUCUGAAUGUAAAACGGCAACGACAACAGCAAUAAAGAACAUUCUACAAAUCUAGAUUUUCUGUUGUUAUUGAUUAAUUUGGAUCGAUUUGGAUGAAAUUUUCGCUUUUCAAUAUCAAUGGGGAUCAUCAAUGGAUAAAUGUCAAAUAAUCGUCAAUGUUUGUCAAUCGACAAUAAUAAUAAAAUAAUGAUGAUGAUGAUGAAAAACUUUGUCGUAUUCAAAUUUGAAAUCUACACACCAGUUUUAUUCCAUUAUCUUCAUUAGAAUUAUUUUUGAUGUUGGUGUAAUAUAUAUCGAAGAAUAUUGUUUCCAUUCUGUUUGAUUGUCCAUUUUGUGAUCAUAAUUGAAUUCUGUAUAGUGAACGAAUUUAAUUGAUCUAAUUGAAACAAUGCGUAUAUCACAACAACAACAGAAUCAGAAUAAAUCUUUGUUCAAUGUGAACAAUCAGAUUCCGAUGACACCGGCCGAAUUAUGUGAAGCGGAUGAUAUUGCCACAGCAUUGGUCGUUGAUCAAUAUCUUGGUUUUACCACACAUAAAAUGAAUACAAGAUUUCGACAACCAAAAGUACCAAAAGAUCAAUUGAAAAAGAUAAUUAUGAAAUUUAAAGAACAUCAAAAUUACGAACAAACAUUGAAGGAAAUAUUCGCUGGUGAAUGGGCACAUUCAUUAUAUGCAACAAAAAGUAUACGAAUGCAGAAAAUUAUACGGCAACAUAUCGUGAAUUUUCUUAGAAUGUUUGAUAAACAAGCUGGUUAUGAGAUACGUCCAUGUUAUCGAUAUUCAUUGGAAGGAAAAUGUGGUGCCAAAUUAUGUGCUACACAGAAAUGGCGAAAAAAUGAUAAAAUUGAACAUCUGGUCGGUUGUAUCGGGGAAUUAAGUUCGAAAGAAGAACAAGAGCUUCUAAAACCUGGUCUAAAUGAUUUUUCAGUCAUGUAUUCAUGUCGCAAGAAUUGUGCGCAAUUAUGGUUAGGUGCUGGCGCAUAUAUCAAUCAUGAUUGUCGUCCAAAUUGUAAAUUUGUUAGCACAGGGCGCUCUACAGCUUGUGUAAAAGUUCUUAGACCAAUUGAAGAAGGUGAAGAACUUACCUGCUAUUAUGGUGAUGAUUUUUUCGGUGAUAAUAAUUGUUAUUGUGAAUGUGAAACAUGUGAACGUCGUGGUGCCGGUCGUUAUGCAAAUAAAUUAAGUUCAAGCGAUCAUUCAAGUAAUAAUUCCAUUUCAUCAACCACUAAUUUAUCCACUGGACAACAAUCUGUAAAACCACCGAUGAUGACUGGACAACAAAGUUAUUCAUUACGUGAAACGGAUAAUCGUCUACGAAGACAGAUGCGUAAUCAGGAACAUAAAAAUCGUAAAUCCUCGACUGAUGAUGAUUGUUGUUCAAUGAAAAAUUCUGACUCGAAUUCACCAGUAAAUAUGGAUGAUGACGAUGAUGAUGAUGAUAAUCGAUCAAUUGAUGAUCAACCUGAUAUACGAAAUACAUCCAUUGCUGAUCAAUUAUAUGAACAGAAUAGUGAUAAUGAUAAUAACAACCAUAAUAGCGAUAAUGGUUGUGAUUUAUUGAAAAAAAAUUCAUCAUCAUCAAAAUCGAUUAUUGUGGUUGAACAAAAAUCAUCCGCAUCGAAUCGUCGGAAACGUAAAAGGCCUACAACACCAACACAAGCGAGUAAAUCAAGAAAUCGUUCAAAAAAUCCAAUUAUAAUGAAAACAAAACCUGCCAUUCAUGAUAUGAUGACAACAUCGAUUCCGAAUACUAGAUCUCAACGGUCAUCAAAUCGAUCAACUCGUUCGACCAAUUUGAUCAUAUCAUCGUCAGACAAUAAUAAUUCAACUAUAAUAAACACUAAUAAUAAUCGUAUUAAAAAUUCAAAAACUACGACAAAGGAUCAACCAUCAUCAUCGACACGUAAAACAACAACAUUGAAUCGACAAUCUACAGAAUCAUCAACGAAAAUAAAACAGCCAACAACCAAACCAAAGAUAACAAAAGUAUUGCCUGCAAUCAAUAAUGAAUCGACGUCAAUCAAUAUCAAUAAUAACACUACAUUAAGACGUUCUAGUCGUAUUAAUUCAUUGGCCAAUGUUUCGGUUGAUAUAAAUCAAAAAGAAGAUAACCAAAUUGAAUGUUGUAAUAAACCGUUGGCCACAUCUGUAUCAUCAUCAUCAUCAUCAUUGAUUGAUAAAGUUGAUAAAAAUGUCGAUUCAGUUGAUAAGAAAAUUUUAGAACCAUCACCAUCUACAUUGACAUCUUUGCCAUCAUCAUCAUCAUCAUCAUCAACAACAACAACCACCACCACCACCACCAAUGUCGAAUCAUUAUUAUCGAAUCCAUGCCCUCAGAAUGUUUUGAUAUCAUCACGAAAAUCGAUCAAAUUAACCAUUAGAGUCAAUCAACGAAAAGAUAAUGUUAUGAAUAAUUUUAAUUGUGAUAUUGUAACAACCAAAUCGAAUACUCAUUCACUAUUAUUACCAUCUUCGACUUCAAUGUUGGCCACCACUGGAACAAAAUUAUCCCAAACAUCAACAUCAACAACAAUGGCCAAGAUUGAACAAUCACCAACUAUUACACAAGCCAAUCAGAAAUUGAUCAUUUCAAGUUCUUGUAAUCAACCACAAUCACAACAACAACAACAACAACAUCAAGAAAUAAACAAAUACGAGCAACAAACAUGUUCAACAACAACAACAACAACAACAAACAUCGAUAUUAAAUAA